ACCCUUUUCUUGGUGGGUCAUGGAGAAAUUUGGCUUAAACAGUUACCCCAUUGUAAAUUGUGUUUGACAUAAAUCUGUUUUAAAGGCCUUAAAAUGCAGUACUGUUAUAUACAUGUAUGACAUUGACAGCCAAAAAGGAAAGGGAUAUCAGAAAUUGAUUUUGGUGAACUGAUUAAAAUGAUGCAUCCACAUGUACAUGUCAUGCAUGUACAAUAAAAACAACAUAAAUAAAGUGGAUGUAAGCAAUUAAAGGCAACCAUAAUACCUUCAACAAGGAGAAAAAUUGAUGUCAUGGCAUAGUCAGCUAUUUAAUACCUGACAUGAAAAAUAUAAGACAAUUCAAUUAUGAAGACUAUAGACAGACUAAUUUAAAACCAAGAAAUUGAUGAAAAACCUAUAUGACAGACAUGAACCAACAACAACCACUGAACUUGAUUGUACAGUCUCCUGACUUGGGACAAGCACAUUAAGAAUGCUGAUGGGUUAAUGAGUUCGUGAGUGCUCAAUUCCCCUAACAGCUAGGACUGUGCAUUGUGAAAGAAACGAGUAAAUCAGUUGAUUUUCUUUCCUUGCCAUGCUGGUUUCCGUGUCAAAUGGUGGAAUCUGAAGAGAAUAGUUUACCAUUUGUUUAAUCUGUAAUUUAAAUUUUAAAUUGAACUGAUGGAAACCUGAAGAGAAUGAUGUACAAUAUGUUUUGCAUGGACAUUUCAGAGAAGACUGUUGAUUGUUUUAUUUUCAUUGGAAUGCUUCACGUAGGCCUUGGUGAGACCCAACUUAGUAAUCUGUUGGCUUCGGUGAAUCUUCACUAUUUGAGCGUAUCUGGGUUAAAGACGAGAGAAGAAGAAGUUGGGGCAGCAUUGGAUUCAUAUGCUGAAGAGUCCAUGAUAAAAUAUCUAAAUAUAGAGUCUAAUUUACAGGAAAAUACUCAUGAUUCUGAUGACAAUGGAGAAAACAAAGGGAUUGCAGUUUCCACUGAUACCUGUUGGCAAAAAAAAGGCUCCGGGAAAUCCUAUAAUAGUUUGUCUGGAUGUGCAUCACUGAUUGGACAGAAGACCGGGAAGGUAUUGAAUGUAAAAAUAAAAUCAAAAAAUUGCAGGACUUGUGAUGUUGCCAAAAGAAAAGGUAUAGUUCCAAAAGAGCACAAAUGCAGCAAAAACCAUACAGGCUCAUCUAAAGGCAUGGAGCCAGCUUUAGUGGUUGAUAUGAUAAAAGAUGUAAUAAAUAAGGGUGUCGAUAUUAAAGAAAUUGCUGGUGAUGAUGACACUACAGGUUUUCAAAGGGCACAAAACGUUCUUAAAAUAAAACUUAAGAAAAGAUCGGACAAAAACCAUAUCAAGAAAAACAUAUCAAAACAGUUAUAUGCAAUAAAAAAGAAUUACAAAGAAUUGUCACAAAGGGUCAUCAAUUACAUCAUGCAGAAUUUUUCAUACAUGGUUGCGCAAAAUAAAAAAAACACAGAAGGUGUAACAACUGGCUUGAAAGCAAUGGUAGGACAUAUUUUUGGUGACCAUAGCUUCUGUAAUACCAAGUGGUGUGUCUUCCUUGAACACCCUUCGGCAAAAUUUAGUAAGUUACCAUACGGCAAACCACUUCAAAAUCCAGAGCUGAGGAAGGAACUAGAUAGAAUUUUUAUUAAAAAAUUAUCAAUUCAAGCAGAAAAACUUGCAAAUCUUGCUAGCACUCAAACAAAUGAAAAUCUCAACCAAAUGUUAGCAACAAAAGCACCUAAAUAUAAACAUUAUUCUGCAUCUAACAGUCUCAGUUACAGGUUUAGUGCAACAGUGGCACAGAAAAAUGAAGGCCACAGAUAUGUGCAUGAGGUUCAUGAAUCAAUGGGGCUCUCACCAGGCAAUUUUACCAUAAAGCGUGCUACCUUCAUGGAUAAGAUCAGAAGAAAGUACAGUAAAUUACAGAAGACGAGGAAAUAUAAAAGGAGAAGAAUUGAGCUAAAGUCGGAGAAAUGUAACAGCAAUGGUAUAGCAGAAGUUCUAGAGGGAACAACUUAUGAAACCAAUAUUGACAUAGAGGAUGAUAUAACUGACCAACUAGAAGAAAUUCCAACUUGGAAACAGAUAACAGCUGAGGAAAACUUUCCAAUUAUAGUAUUUGAUCUUGAAACUACAGGCUUGUCUCGUCAGUCAGAUAUUGUACAGAUAGCAGCUUUAACUGAGAAUGAAACUUUCUCAGCCUAUGUUAUGCCAUCAAAGAAGAUAACACCACAGGCAUCUGAUAUAACAAAACUUGCAUUCUUUGAUGGGCAAAUGUACUAUGAUGAAGUUCCUGUGGAAAGUUCACCACCAUUUGAAGUCUUUACUAAUCUUAUUGCUUUUUUGUCCAAGUUUCCUUCUAAACCAACACUUGUUGGACACAAUAUAAAAACGUUUGACUGCCAUAUACUGUAUAAUCAAUUGAAUAAAUUGAAGAUGUGGGAUGAAUUUUGCCUGUAUUUUAAUGGGUUCAUUGACACAAGAAUAUUGUUUAGGAGUGAAUAUCCAGGUCGUCAAAGUUACAAGCAGUGUGAUUUAGUGUCAGAUUUUUUAGGGGAAAGUUAUGAUGCACAUAAUGCUUUGUAUGACUGUAAAUCUUUAUUUAAACUGGUGCGAUCACAUGGAAAUUUAGCUUCUCAUUUCUGUAAGUAUACAUUUGAUGGAAUGUACCCAAAAUAUUGCCAAAAUGACUUAUCUUUCAAAGCUCUUGUUGAAAAUAAAGUAAUGUCAAAACAAUUAGCCAAAAAGGCAGCUUCAACUGGGUUGUGCAAGAAGCAUUUUAUUUUGUCAAUUCAAAGAAAUGGUAUUGAUGGACUGAGGGCACUUUUGUCUCAAAAAAAUAGUUCAGGUGUAGUACGUGUUACAACAUCAAAAUCUAUCAUUCAGAAGGUGUAUGAUUUUUUUGUUAUAUGAAAUGAAGAGUAAAUUGUUUUAGAUUCCAUAUGAAUCUGAUUAUAUAUACAUUGUAGAAUUUAAAUGGAACAAUUAUGGUGAAUGCUACUAGAGAUUAACAGAAAUUUUAAUCUACAGACAUACUUGCUUCUGUGACCAAGCUUCUAUUAUAUCAAUUAGCAAUAAUUGUUAUUAUCAAAGAAACCUAUUUCUUAGGAUGCUAAAUCUUUGACCUUAUGGAGAAUCAGGUCAAUAUAUAUAAUAUAAAGAUUUAAAUACUACAUUGCACCAUAAAUGUUAAAGUUAAUAUUUGUUUGUGAGCUAAAUUUUUGGAUAAGAGAUUAGAAAAUUUUGACCGGUCCUGUAGUCUACUACGCAUACCUUAUUUUUUAGCAAUUUGAUUGAUCCGUCCAUGCUGAAUGUCAGGAAAUAGAAUUUUAGUAGUAAAAUUUUUUAUAAAAUUUUAUAAUGUUGUCUAUAGUUCUUUAAUUGUAUGAAGGAUUUAAAGUCAAAGAUGACAUUUUGUUUUACCACAGUAAGAAUGAUCAUAUUGUGUACCACACACAUGUUGUGUGAUCCAUAUUAGUGAAUGUAAUUUGUUAGACUUGAAAAAGACCACUUAAACUUAUAUCUACCUGAUAUAUAGUUUAUAACAUGUUUAUAAUUUGUACUGUCAUUGUAUAAUAUCACUACUUAUUUAAGGAUUUGUGAGCUGUUGCCAUCAGUUUGUGGUAAUUCUUGUCUUCUGUUCACAUUUCAUAUCUUAAUUUAGGAGGCAAAUUUCAAUUAAUUAAAAAUGGAAUAUUAUAUCUUGUUACGACACUUGUUGGUAAAAUUUUAUCCAAAAUUAACAUGAUUAUUAACGAAAUUUGUAAAAUAGAUAUUUUUUCAGAAUGAUACUAUUAAAUAAAGACUUGUGAGAAUGAUUUGUUAUAAAAAAAUGUUUUAAAGAAAAUUUAUAGAAAAUUUAUAUGAGAAAAUACAUGUUCAUGUGAGUAUCUGGUUUGUUAUUUGACCAAGCUUGUACAUGAAGGGUUAUGAUGAAGUACUGUUCUUGCAUAUAUGUCUGUUAAUAUGUGCUGGAAUUUAUUUUGCCUUUUAUCAUUUUAUCAAAUAAAGAAUUCAAACACUAUGCAAAGAUCAAUAAGAGUUGAUGUGGUUUAAAUUUUAUACAGGUUGCAAAUAUUUUUCUUUUCAUUAACAAGUUUUAUCAGAUUUAUCUUGACUGAUGGUUUUUAAAUUUUACUGUUCCUACUGACAUUUUAGUUUUCAAUAUGUAAUACAAUAAGUGUUUGUAACAACUGUGAUAAAAAAAAUUACGUGACAGAUAAUGAAAAUUGCAAAUGUUAAUUUGGAUUCAAACAUUAUAUAUUCAUAUAUAUAUAUAUAUAUAUAUAUUUACAAUAUGAUACAUAAUGGACUAAAUUACCAGUCUAUUAAUUAAUAAAAAUUGCUUAUAGUUCA